AUGUUCCACUGGCAAGCAACCAUCAUGAGACCGGGCGACAAUCCUUACUCUGGAGGUGUAUUCCUCAUUACAAUCCACUUUCCUCCUGAUUUUCCAUUCAAGUCCCCCAAUGUGGCUUUCAAGACCAAGGUUUUCCAUCCUAAUAUUAAUAGUAAUGGUAGCAUAUAUCUUCAUAGUCUCAAAGAACAGUGGAGCCCUGCACUCACCAGCUUAAAGGUAUUACUUUCAAUUUGUUCGUUGCUGACUGAUACGAAUCUCAAUGAUCCACUUGUACCUGAGAUAGCCCACAUGUACAAGACCGACAAAGCCAAAAUCAGUUUCUAUAAGAAACUGAUGGGAAAUUGCAUAGCUAAGGAAAAGAACUACGGGGAUGAUUCCGAUCAUAAUUUUGAGAUUGCCGGUGGAAAUGUCCACCUCAUCACGACAAAAGAAAGUUGGGAACAAAAAUUGGCCGAAGCACAAAAAGAUGGAAAGAUCGUAGUUGCCAAUUUUAGUGCUGCAUGGUGUGGUCCUUGUCGAAUGAUUGCGCCUUUCUUUGCCGAGCUCUCUGAAAAGCACCCUUCACUUAUGUUUCUGACAGUCGAUGUCGAUGAACUUACUGAAUUUAGUACAUCGUUGGAUAUCAAGGCAACCCCGACCUUCUUCUUCCUUAAAAACGGACAGCAACUCGAAAAACUUGUUGGUGCUAACAAGCCUGAAUUGCAGAAGAAGAUAGAUGCCAUUCUAGAUUCAGAGAACCCUUGCUCGACAUAG